AUGGCAAAGACUCAGAAAACAGCCCCCUCAAGGCGCUCCCGCGCCGCCCGCCGCGCAACAUCCCCCUCCAUCAACACCGACAAGUCUCUCAAGAACGCCACCCUCCCAGCCUCUUCAGCGCCCGCCGCCCUCCCCAGACCGUCCGUCCUCGCAGCCCGCCACAACGCCGGCGUCACCAAGAAAACCAGGCGCGGCCGCGCCGUCUCCGCAAAGGGCCGCCGCCGCCAGGAAAAGGGCCUCGAGAUGGCCGAGGCCGUCGUCGAGCGCACGAGCAAGAAGCUGGAGAAGAGCCUCGGCAAGGCGCGCGUCGUGCAGUCGCGGGCCAAGAAGUGGGACGACAUCAACAAGGACGCGCAGAAGAGCAAGGAGAAUGCCUUUGCGGUGCUGAUGCAGGACGGCGAUGACGAGGACAAGGAAGAGAGGGAGUGGGAGACGGACGAGGAGAUGGAUGGCGAAAAUGCUGCAAAGGAUGCCGCUCCUGCUCCUCCUGCUGCUGCUGCUCCCCAGCCGGCGAUGGCUGCACCAAUGCUGGAUGACGACGAUGACGAGAUUCUAUAA